UGGUACUGUUUGCAGUGAUGCUCAGAGGGCAGGCACCUGCUGCUCUGUAAUGAUUCAGCCUCUUUCAGCCGCUGCGUUAACACGACAGGAUGCUGUUGCUACUGUCGCUGCUGCCUCUCCUGCCGCCGCCGCUGCUGCCGCCGCCGCCUCCUCUGGUCUUGCUUUUGCUUUUACUUCUCCUGCAUGACAGUUGUUUUCUUCCUCUAAGCAGACACCAGCUUCAGACGCUUGAGGUGAGAAACAUGCCUUUCAGUUUGGGAUACUGGUUUACUUAAUCGGCUAGGCAUCAGCUUGCUUCCUAUUUUGGUCCCUUGCCUUCUUGACCAACCGGGAUGGUUUGGAGAAGCCUUUGAAAGAACUGAAAAAGUGUCCCAGAAACAACAGCUCAAGAUAUUUCGGUACACUUCUAUUUUAUAGUUGCCAGAAGCUCUUUCUUUUUCGUUUUUCUUUUUCUUUUUCUUGCCUCCUCCUAAGCUCUCUUACUUUGGAUAAUGGCCUUGGACUUGGGAGCCUUAUCGAUUUCCCCCUUCAAGAUGCUGUAUCAUUUGGUUGGGGGGAGCUCUGCAUGGUAACGCACUGUGAGAGAGGCCAGGCCUUCUGGAGGUGAGCCGAUGGAGAUUUAUUCCCCAGACAUGUCUGAGGUAGCUGGCGGGAGGUCCUCCAGCCCCUCCACUCAGCUGAGUGCAGACCCAUCUCUCGAUGGGCUUCCGGCAGCGGAACAUAUGCCAGACACCCACACAGAAGAUGGGAGAAGCCCUGGACUCCUGGGCCUGGCGGUGCCCUGCUGUGUGUGCCUGGAAGCUGAGCGCCUGAGAGGGUGCCUCAACUCUGAGAAGAUCUGCAUUGUCCCCAUUCUGGCUUGCCUUGUGAGCCUCUGCCUCUGCAUUGCUGGCCUAAAGUGGGUAUUUGUGGACAAGAUAUUUGAAUACGACUCUCCUACCCACCUUGACCCUGGGGGGUUAGGCCAGGACCCUGUUAUUUCUCUGGAUCCAACUGCUGCCUCAGCUGUUUUGAUAUCAUCUGAGGCGUACACUUCACCUGUCUCUAAGGCUCAGUCUGAAGCUGAGGCUCAUGUUACAGUGCAAGGUGACCAUGUUGCUGUGGCCUCUGAACCUUCAGCAGUACCGACCCGGAAGAACCGGCUGUCUGCUUUUUCUCCCUUACACUCUACCGCACCGCCCUUCCCUUCUCCAGCUCGGACCCCUGAGGUGAGAACACCCAAGUCAGGAACUCAGCCACAAACAACAGAAACUAAUCUGCAAACUGCUCCUAAACUUUCCACGUCAACAUCCACGACUGGGACCAGCCAUCUCAUAAAGUGUGCGGAGAAGGAGAAAACUUUCUGUGUGAAUGGGGGCGAAUGCUUCAUGGUGAAGGACCUGUCCAACCCAUCAAGAUACUUGUGCAAGUGCCCAAAUGAGUUUACUGGUGAUCGUUGCCAAAACUACGUAAUGGCCAGCUUCUACAAGCAUCUUGGGAUUGAAUUUAUGGAAGCGGAGGAACUCUACCAGAAGAGGGUGCUGACAAUUACAGGCAUCUGUAUCGCCCUGCUGGUGGUCGGCAUCAUGUGUGUGGUGGCCUACUGCAAAACCAAGAAACAGCGGCAGAAGCUUCAUGAUCGGCUUCGGCAGAGCCUUCGGUCAGAACGAAACAACAUGGUGAACAUAGCGAAUGGGCCUCACCACCCAAACCCACCACCAGAGAACGUGCAGCUGGUGAAUCAAUAUGUAUCGAAAAACGUCAUCUCCAGUGAGCAUAUUGUCGAGAGAGAAGUGGAGACCUCCUUUUCUACCAGUCGCUACACUUCUACAGCCCAUCACUCCACGACUGUCACCCAGACGCCUAGUCACAGCUGGAGUAAUGGGCACACAGAAAGCAUCAUUUCAGAAAGCCACUCUGUAAUCAUGAUGUCAUCAGUAGAGAACAGCAGGCAUAGCAGUCCAGCUGGGGGCCCACGAGGACGUCUUCACGGCCUGGGAGGCCCUCGAGAAUGUAACAGCUUCCUCAGGCAUGCCAGAGAAACCCCUGACUCCUACAGAGACUCUCCUCAUAGUGAAAGGUAUGUAUCAGCCAUGACCACCCCGGCUCGUAUGUCACCUGUAGAUUUCCACACGCCAAGCUCCCCUAAAUCGCCCCCUUCGGAAAUGUCUCCACCUGUGUCCAGCAUGACGGUGUCCAUGCCCUCUGUGGCAGUCAGCCCCUUCGUGGAAGAAGAGAGGCCUCUGCUUCUUGUGACACCACCAAGGCUACGGGAGAAGAAGUAUGACCAUCACCCGCAGCAACUCAACUCCUUUCAUCACAACCCUGCACAUCAGAGUACCAGCCUCCCCCCUAGUCCAUUGAGGAUAGUGGAGGAUGAGGAGUAUGAAACGACCCAGGAGUAUGAGCCAGUUCAAGAGCCUAUUAAGAAAGUCACCAAUAGCCGGCGGGCCAAAAGAACCAAGCCCAAUGGCCACAUUGCCAAUAGGUUGGAAAUGGACAGAAACCCAAGUUCUGUGAGCAGUAACUCAGAAAGUGAGACAGAAGAUGAAAGAGUAGGUGAAGAUACACCAUUCCUGGGCAUACAGAACCCCCUGGCAGCCAGCCUUGAGGCGGCCCCUGCCUUCCGUCUGGCUGAGAGCAGGACUAACCCAGCAGGCCGCUUCUCCACACAGGAAGAAUUACAGGCCAGGCUGUCUAGUGUAAUCGCUAACCAAGACCCUAUUGCUGUAUAAAACCUAAAUAAACACAUAGAUUCACCUGUAAAACUUUAUUUUAUAUAAUAAAGUAUUUCACCUUAAAUUAAACAAUUUAUUUUAUUUUAGCAGUUCUGCAAAUAGAAAACAGGAAGAAAAAAAACUUUUAUAAAUUAAAUAUAUGUAUGUAAAAAUGUGUUAUGUGCCAUAUGUAGCAAUUUUUUACAGUAUUUCAAAAAACGAGAAAGAUAUCAAUGGUGCCUUUAUGUUAUGUUAUGUCGAGAGCAAGUUUUAUAAAGUUACGGUGAUUGCUUUUUCACAGUAUUUCAGCAAAACCUCCCAUAUAUUCAGUUUUUGCUGGCUUUUUGUGCAUUGCAUUAUGAUGUUGACUGGAUGUAUGGUUUGCAAGACUAGCAGCUAUUCCUUCUCUUUGCUUCCAGCAGCACCCAACCAGUACUGUCUUGAAAUGGCACAUCCAUCCAAAUACCCUUCUACUUUGUAUGAAGUUUUCUUUGCUUUCCCAAUACGAAAUGAGUUGUCUCCACUCUGUCAGCCAAAGGUUUGCUUCACUGGACUCUGAGAUAAUAGUAGACCCAACAGCAUGCUACUAUUACAUAUAGCAGGAAACUGCACCUAAGUAAUGAUAAAUAUUAGGAAGAAAGUAAUACUGUGAUUUAAAAAAAAAAACAAACUAUAUUAUUAAAUCAGAAGACAGCUUGCUCUUGCUAAAAGGAGCUACCAUUGACUUUAAUUUUAACUUUUUGGUUAUUGUUCUUGACAAAGAGUAACAGCUUUGAGUACAGCUUAGAAAAAAAAUGGGUUCUGGCUUGCUAUCAGGAUAAACCUAUCAACUUAGAAAGAACUCAGUUUCACUUUCUGUCUUGGGAGAAAUAAUCCAGAAGGUCAUCUGGUUGACCAACCAACCACAGCUGCUAAAGGUGCAAUCCUUUCUGACAUAUUUUUUAACUGACUGGUUGUAUCCUCUUCUUGGCUCCAGAAGAGGCACAUUGUGUCGUGAAGCCCUCAGACCCUAGAGUACACUCAGCCAUCUGCCCCAACAAUAUUAUACAAUGUGCCUGUGGUGCAUAGCAGUGACUUGGCCAUUGUAGGAAAAUGUUCCACUGGUAGAGUAUUUAGGAGUGAGUGUGUAGAAGUCACAAGGGGAGCGCAGCUGCACUACCCAGUUGACAUCUUAACUUGGUUCGGUUGGCCACUCCUUUCUCCCUCAUUAUGUUUCUCUUGUGUUCAACAUUGCCUUGAUUAGAUCAUAACUAUGCAUGAAUUUUUUUUUUUUUUGCCAGGAAUGGCCAAUGUGCAUGUGAUUUGUGAUUAGCAGGAACUUUCCAUAGUGGUGCCUCACUAGGGCAUGUCAAUAGCAUUGGGAAGAUUGCAGCUUUUCUUGCAGAAGUGACCCCCCGACUCAUGGACUGAUCUGUCUCCAUAAAUAGCCUGUAUCUCCCAUUUCUCUUCUCUAAGUAAUUUUUCCCAUACUGUCUCUAAAGCAGGACUAAGAUUGGUUUAAACUUUGUGUGUUCUUUUGUGAUUGGAAAGCCAAUGGAUGCUUAUAGAUAUUAACAUGAACAACUGCUAAUCUGGGGACUGGGGAGAGUAGAAAAGUGGAGGGGCAGGGAAUAACCUCUCAUAACCUUUUGUAUCCCCUGCCUGUUAUCUGUCAAUCAAAACCAGAGCUUCUUGAGUUUCUAAGUAGGCUCUUAGGAGUUCCAUAGCAAAAUGGAAAAGAGUUGGACAGAGGAUUGGCAAAGUCAGUGGUAAUCAUUGAUUCUUGGUCCCAGAUGAACCAAAUCUAUUUUCUUUACUGAUCUUCAUUAUAAGUCAAGGGACGUAAUAACCCACAAGGAGGUCUGAGACAAACACUGCAGGCUGGCCACAAGUCCAUGUGUUACAUGUCUUCAUGUUUCUAAGAGAAGCUUUACUGUGGGCCCUUGAAGUUACUCAUAGUAUUUGAAGUCUCUUGUUUCCUGUCAUUGGCCACAGGACAGUUCUCUGUGCUCGAAGCGAUUUUGAAUUUUUAGAACACACAGAGGAAUGGAUGCUUGCUGGUGGAAGCCUAAUGCUGUCUUCCCAGUGUUGCAGAGAGUGGUCAACACAUCAUAGGGAGGAAAGGCCAGCCAGCUUGAGGGUGUUCUCUCGGUUGCUUAAUAUUGCCUUUGAAGACCCUGACUCACCCUGUCAUUUAAUAAAGAAAUUUCUUUAUUGUUAUCUUAAAACUCUAAAAGAUUCCGUUUCAAAUAUGUUAGUCACCAGGGUAUUAAGAAGUUCUCUUCUGAAAAACAAGACUCCUCUGAUACAAACAUUUUUUUAAAAUGGAGCAUUUUACUGGCAUGAGAAGCUCUACAAUUUUUUAAAUUGUGACUAUAUAUGAUUUUUUUCCUUCUAUGCUUUAAUCUAUGCUUGUCAUGUUAGUUAAGAAAGCCUUUUCCCCAAGAGAAGAACACAGUUUUCCUUGAAGAGAACAGCCAUGUGGCUGGUCAGGGCUACCUGUUGUAGCCUCUAGAUUUAUAUGUCCAGGAAUGUCUCUACAAUGCUUCACUGCCAGGUCUCCCUCAAGCAUUCUGUUUAUGAAUCCAGAGAGAACUGUAGCAGGGCAGAAGAAUGCACACCUGUGCUCCUGGCAUGUGUGAAGAUGCCUUGCAUUUUAAGGGAGUACAAAUUACUAAGAAUUUAAUAACAACUCUGUUUCCUGGGUCUUAAAUCAAAAACUACUGAGUUAUAUAGUGGGGUAUAGUAGACACCAAACUCCUUUUGUACUUACUCAAGAUUUGCUUUCUGUCCUGCUUUUCCCUCCGUUCAUCCUCCUACCCUCAAGAGUGCCUGGUGGACAGCCUUCUGCUUACUACAAAAUGGUCCUCCAUGUAAGAGAGAAUGUAUCUCAAGCAGCAAUAUGCCAUGUCUUUCUUGUAUCUGUGUGACUGUCAAUAUGGGUGGAGUCUAUCCAGGGUAACUUUCUCUUGUAUCUAUUCCUCUUUUGGCCUGAGGUUGAAGGUAUAUGGCCCCUAUUAGUGAAUAGGGAAGAUCUGGCUUUUUCUUUUAGUCCUGGCUGCAUUCCAGCAGCUGCAGAGAUUUCUAUCCACUAAGAUCCAUGAAACACUAUGAAGAAAUGCAGACAAAAGGAAAUGGCCACACAUCACAAUUUCUAUUAUAUAUUCUUUUGUAAAUACACAUUGUAUAGUACUUAGAAGUUUUGUGAAAUCAUUUGCUGUCUUUAUGAGUUAAUGUUAGUUCUCACUCUCUAAACUUACUGUAUUACAUUGUAAAUAACAUAAUGUUCUUUAUUAUUUAUAUUUAAACAUCUAACAUAGAGAAUUGUUUUCAUCUAAGUUUAAGAUAAAUGUUUAAAAUAUAUGUUUUUCUUUGCUUUAAAAUUAUGUACCUUUUUCUUUUUUUCCCAUUUUUUUUUUAAAAAUAAUUUAUUGUUCAGGAGAAAGAAUAUAUAUGUAAUUGAAACUAAUUGAAGAAUGCACAUUUGAAGGCCAUGAGGUACUGAUAAACUAAAGAAUUUAUUAUCUCAAAUACUAAGCAAUAAGUAAUUGUGGUUUAUUUAAAGUAUUGUUCAUUUCCCAAGAAAGUCAUACUGCAAUAAAAAUGCUACUCUGUGGAGACAUGGGUGUGUUGCGCAGCAGACUAACAUCCAGUCUGUUGGAGUACCACUUUUUGUCUUGCCAUGAAAGUUACGCUAUCUAGGACUGUGCUUCAUGGACCCCAUGAUCAUCUUGUCUCUGUUGCUUUUGCCAUGUUACCUAUCCUUGAAUCACCUCCCUCCUGACUCUGUUUCCCACUUCACUCCUUGCUGUAGGAAACACAAAAUCAAGCAAUAGGAUGCUCCAUUCCACAGCCACCAGACUGCCAUUCACAAAGACAUCGAAGGGAA